UCUUCUCUUGUCCUCUGCCUUUUCUCUCCUCUCUGUUCUCUUGUUCCGAUCUUCUCUCUUUUUUAGUGUAGGCACAGCGCACGUACCCGAGCCAUGGGCGGGGUGAUGGAGGCCGACGGUAGGAAGGACGGCGACACGCCGGCGGCGGCGGCGCAGAGGGGCGAGGCGUCGUUGGGCGUGUCCGUGCAGGAGGGGCUGCAGCACGCCAAGGCCAGCGUGGUCGGCGCGGUGCAGCAGGCGAUGGCGGGGAGCGAGGAGGAGGCGGCGCAGGCGGACCUGCGCGCGGCCAAGGCGCAGGUGGAGGCCACCGACGAGGCCGAGGUCAAGAAGAAGCAACUCGCCGCCGGUUGAUCGAGGUCACCGCGGCUUAAUUGCGUGCAAGAUUGCUAGGCUCUAUCCAUUGCAUUUGGGUUAGGUUCUUGACUUCUGCUAGCAUUUUUUUUCUCGAUCUGCUGUUUGUUUUUGUAAUAAAUUCCAGCUGAACUUUGUUACGAUGUUGAUUUGCCUUUGUGAAACUAGUUUUGCACGCGUAUCUGAA